GGUCACUCCCGUUGUCUCUGUCUCUCUCGGACCCUCACACCCCACCCUCGCUAAACAAACAUCUUCUGCCUCAUCCAACGAGUACGAGCAUCGAGGGGAAAAUCUCGGUCCUGGCGCAAAACGUUCGUUCGUUACGAGCACAAUGGACGACUGCUUCUCCCAACCGUGUUGCUUCUUCUCUAUCUGAUCCUCGCCCUCCUACGCUACUCGUGAGUUGGAGAUUUCCAUUUUCUUUGACCAUAUAGUACUCGGCCGUUCGCUCGUUGCCGCACUUAAAACCUCGCCGACUUUCGAGACCCAUUUUUCCGACCCGGUUGAGCCGUUCAUUUCGAUACAUAAACAUAACCACUGACUGGUUCCCUUCGUUUUACUCUAUCUUGAACCAACAGUCUACAGCUGGUGUCUCCACGACCUCCUUAUCCACGGGUCCACCGAGCUACUCUCCGUCACGGCCAUAUCUCCCCUCCCGGUCGCACAACGUCCUCCUCGGCCGAUAUUCUCAUGGCACAGUGACCUUCAUCACUCACCUUCCAACCCACGACGGUCGCCGCAGCUUCAUAACACAAACGAACAAGCGAAACCUGCCUCACUUGCUACCUCAGACGGCGUCUUGACUGGCUGCUGCUGGGUACGGGCGAAAUCCUGCGCCAGGCACAUUCACAGACAGACUGUGCCGCUGAAGGACGCUGCGCGUUCAAGUCCACCGUCCAGGGUUUCUCGACCGACGCCUUCCUCAUUGAGAAUGUCGCUAUAAUCGCCUGAAAACGAGACCCUCCUCGUUACAGAAUCUCCACUCUACAUAAUCGCUGCGGUACCACAACACACGACAAACAAUCUAUAUAUACACCAUGUGCAAGGCACAUAUUUUACGUUUCUGCUGUGGGCAUGGGAUCCUCAUGGGCUUUGAGGUUUGCAGCUGUCCGUGUCCGGUGCUCAAGACGACGGGGUUCAAGCUCCCACAACAGCCAUAUAAAUGCUACAACUGUCAGAACCGGACAUCGAACUUGGCACUACGGCCAAUAUCGUCGCGGGACGGCUGCUCUUCGUCUGUUGGAAGUUUAGAGUCGAACUCAUCUGAGUUCUCGAACAUCUCUCCACCAAGUUCUCCUAUUUCACGAGUCAAUACCAAAGUCAUGGCUCCUCUGCCUGGCGUUGCUCGUCAGCCAGCUGAGUGUGCCCCUUUAGGUCGGAGAUUUACCCGUACAGACUCAUUCUCAUCGAAGGGGUUCUCCUUCUCCUGCACGUCGUCAGGGCACUACCCAACGCCUCAUUAUAUGGGACUACCGAAUCAUCUGCCGCAUCAGAGCCAUCCUUGUCCUCCUUGCCAGCUAGAGGACCUGCGCAUGAAAUCCGACAGGGAAGCUGUUGCACGAGCCAAGGCUGAAUACCCCCAUCUAACAUGCGAGAUGUUGGUUCACGAUGGGAGGGUCUGGGAAGAGUGGCAGACUAAGCCCACACUUGAAGCGUACAUUGACGAGAAACGAUCGGAUGAAAGGCAGAUGUGGUUACAUGUCACGCGGAAAUGGACACAGGACUUGAAGAGGUUACGAGUUUUGGUUGCUGAGGAAGACGGGCUGGGCCUGCUGGGGUAAGGCUGUCGCUUUGAUUCAGCAGCAUUCAUGAGAUACGAGGCGUUCGAAAUUAAAAUGGGAGGCUGUCGUCCUUAGAAGCGAUACCCAGGGGGGCCCGGCGCUGCUGGCACAAUCAAUGCCUGUAGGAGGUUUUGCAAUAUCGGCAUCGAGCCACAAUAAUACACAUGCGUUUCGGAACAUGUCCUUAAAAUCCUUAUCUGACUGUGCUGUGAAUAAGAGCAUCUGUAGACGGCGUUGCCUACU